AUGUCCACCUUGAUAGACUUUGCAGCCCUCAAACAGGACUACGCCGACCUCACCACUGCCCUCCCGCAACUAUUCAAGACCUUGCCAGGGUACAUCAACCCCAACCAGGAACUAAUCUACGCCGUAGCCUGCAUUUCAUUCAACCCCAUCUUUUGGAACAUUGUUGCGCGGUUAGAGUACAAGACGCAUUUUCUCACCAAGAUCACCCGUUCUGCCAAGUUGGGAUGCUACUUGUUGGCGUUGACCAUCUUCAGCUUGGGCAUCUACCGUGACCACGUCUACCAGUUGGCAUUAGAGACCCAGCCCACGUUUGAGCCGUUCGCCUCGUCCCUUAUUGCCAAGUCGCUCGCGGUUGCCCUCUUUGGCUUCGGCAAUGUCUUGGUCUUGAGCUCAAUGUGGGCUCUUGGAGUCACGGGCACUUACUUGGGCGACUAUUUCGGCAUCUUGAUGAAGGAGCGCGUUACUGGGUUCCCGUUCAAUAUCAAUGACAACCCCAUGUACAAUGGCUCAACCUUGUGCUUUUUGGGUGUUGGGUUGUGGUAUGGCAAACCUGCUGGCUUGGUUGUCAGCUUGUACGUUUGGAUCAUGUAUAAGAUUGCCUUGUUGUUUGAAGAGCCUUUCACUGCCAGGAUCUACGAAUUGCAUAUGAAAUUGGACUAG